UGAAUGCAGGAAGAUUAUCCAAACUUUUCUCCUACCGCUGAAUAACUUUUAAACCUUCAUAUCUACAGAGUGAAGUCAUCAGAGAAGCAAACAGCAAACAAAUGCAGCGAACUCGGAACUAAAAGUCGCAUCACGUGAGUUGCAGUCAGGACACCAUUGGGGAGCGGACUGUUUACCUUCCGCUGCAGUCCGGUCUAACCGAGUAAAUGUCCUCGAAAGAUGUUCUCUCACGGUUCAGAGAGUUUGAUCAAACAAGCGAGGGAGAUUCAGGAGCCGGAGCUGCAGAAGUUCUACAGCAGGUUAGUGAAGCUCCUCCAGGGGAAGGAGUUCGGUCAUGAGACGAUGGACUCCCUGCAGCGGCUGCACCUCAUCCUCUCUGCCACCAAGUGCACCAGGACGUUGCCCGUGGAGCUACACAGGAGGCUGUUAUCUCUCCUCUCUUCACCAGUGGAGCAGCUUCAGGUGCUGAGCUCAGCUGUGCUCAGAGAGACACUGCCCCUCUCUGGCCAGGAACUGAACUACAACGAGGAGAACAUUCAGCUGAACAGCCAUUCCGCCGCCCUGCUGCUCUCACAGGCUGGAUCCAGAGCCGAUCUGUCAUCUCUGUGCGCUCAGCUCCUUCGCAGCCUGGACAGUCGUCAACCCGAGGGUCCGACUCAUUCGCUCACACACACGUUGCCCGUCCUCAACGCCGUCCUCACACACAGCCCCGAGAGCCUCAAUGACGAUAACGUCACCCUACUGAGUAAAAAGCUUGUCGAUUGGCUGCGUUAUGCGAGCAUCAUACAGGGAGGCGGAGCUUCUGCAGGUGGAUUUUUCACAGGACCCAGGUCGCGACAGCCAGUGCCGACAGCAGAGCUGGACGGGACGGUGUCGGGGGAUUUCUUCACUGUGCUGUGUGUGGGCCAAGGCUUCACUGAGGACCAGUGGAUGAACGUUUACUCCUUUUCCAUGCUGCAUCACUGGCUUCUCACCUACCACUCUGCUCCCAGUGGCAACACCUUCACAGAUAAUGCAAACAGGCUACAGCUCAGCUUCUCUCUCUCCCACUCCUUCUCUAAUGAUGACCGGUCGGAGGUGGACGGCUCAGUGGUGUCCAUGGUGUCGGCAACUUCCUCCUCGAGCCGGCUGCUGCCUCCCAAGGAGCGUCUGAGGGAGAAGGCGUUCCAGUACUGCUUACGCCUCAUCGAGCAGAGCGAUCGCAAGGCACUAAAGCGAACAGACACAGAGCUGCAGAAAGCGUGUUUGGUGGAGGCCGUGUGUAUCCUGGACUGUGUGUGUGUUGAGGACACGUCACUGGUCUACCGAACGUUUCCGUGUGUGAAGGCCCUGUUCGGUCGUCUCAGCUCGGACCUGACGUUUGCCAGAGUCCUGCUGCCCAUAGCCCAGUUCUACCUCAACCAUGGUGAGAUGGCGGCGGUGGACUGUGAGAGCCUGUGGAAGCUGGUGUUUGGCCGGUUCCCCGCCGAGCUCUUCAACGAUCCCUUCCUGGCACAUGAGCUUCUUCGCUUCCUGCGGCUGAACCUCGAGAGCCUGGUGCUGCGAGUCCCUCAGUAUCCUCGCUCAUUCCCGAACCUGCUGAAGUUUUUAGCCUGGGACAGCCCAGCAGUGGUGGAUGACUUUGUGGAUCUGCUGCCCUCUCUGGUCACAGCUGAAACUGCAGUGGAGCUGCUCCACACGCUGCUCGACCUGCCCUGUCUCUCUGCCACGCUGGUUUUGCAACUCAGGUCGACGAGCUCGCCCAUCUCCGAGCCGGGUGGACGUGGGCUCCUGUCACUGGAGGCCUUCAGGAGCCCAGCGUUCAGAGGCCUUUUUCUCUACCUGCUUCGACCAGAGGCAGGAUCAGGGGACACGAUCGACCGACUGAGCACCCUCCAUGAGUUCCUCGCUGAGUCGGCUGAUUGGCCGAGGGUUGUUCAGUGUUCCCAGACGGUCCCGGUGCUGCUGCACAUUUUUUUCAACACCGUCAUCACGGUGGCCGACCAGAAGCUUUUGGCCCAUUUGAUCCUGGUGAUGCUGGAGAGAAGCAGCCUCCUGCUCAACCUCCCCACAUACGGGAAGGAGAUCCACAGGGUGUUCAGCUGCCACCUGCUGAGGCUGUGCAAGCUCCACCCCUCUCUGGUAGUGGACCAGUCUCAUGUGUUGCUGGAGUUUGCUGGAACCACAGCCAGCGUGUACAGCAAAGAAGAAAUCUACACACACGUGGUGUGGGCGCUGGGAGAGUACCUCUCUGUGUCCUGCGACAGUCGCUGCUCCGUGACGCUCAUCACUUCCUGUUUUGAGACGUUGGAGGCGGUGCUGUUUGAAAUAACCUCAUCGACCCCGCCCCCUGGAGCUUCUUGCCCCGCCCCCAGAGUCAUCACCACUCUCAUCAGUGCUCUCGCUAAGCUGGCGUCACGCUCUCAUGACCUCAUCCCCAGGGUUUCUCUGUUCCUCUCCAAGCUAAGAACCGUGACCAGAGCAGGUUCAGUGGCCUGGUGCGCCGACGAGGAGGACCUGGUGGCCAUCGUGACGAGGGGGGAGGAGCUGUGGUCGCUGCUGAGGACCCCCGGUGUGGCUCAGAGUGUCCUGACCCCGCCCCCACAUGUCACCACACCGCAGUGGCACCGAGACACCAACUUGUCCAUGUCACUGCAACUUCGAACCCUCACCAGCCUCACACACACACAGUGACACGCAAACACACACACAGUGACACGCAAACACACACACAGUGACACACACACAUGGUGACACACAAACGAACCCACAGUGACACACACACAAACCCACAGUGACAAACCAACACACAACACACAUCUCAGCAACUGGAUUUACAUCAAAUGUGCAUCUCCGUGAUAGUUGUUUGAUUUUUCUUUUGCACAUUACUUUUGUAAAUAAAUGAGAAUAUUGAAUUGAAACUUAAGGUCAUGAAUCGUAUCAACAAAUCACACAGAUUCUUACUGUGAAAUAUCAUUAUUCUUUUUAUUACAGUGAUUUCACAGACUUAACAUUUUACAAAAUAGAUCAUCUGAUUUCAAAAAUAAAAUCCUGAGUAAGUGCUCUGAUAAAACAGAUUCUGCUGAACUACUAGAGUUUAGGGAAGACCUGAAAAGUGUGAUCUAUACAUUGCUGGAAGAAGUAUAAAAAUAGUAGAAAUUUGCAUAUAUGUAUUUAUAUAUAUAAUCUACAUAUAUUGAAUCCCCAUGUGUUAAUUCAUGGAUUUCUUCUUGAAUCGUCCCGGCUGUCGAUAGAACAGAGCACGAAGAUAAUCAGUUAAAGAAUCCUGCUGAUCAUAGUCCUCUAAAAACAAUCGAUGCAAACAGCCUCACAGAUCUGUUGAACUAUCAUUUGACCCAGAACACAUUUGUCAGAGUUACAGUAGCGCUCUGAUUUCUUAGAUCCUUCAAAUCACAUUACAGUAAAACCAUGAGAACAGAUUUUGUACGGUUCACAAUCAAAUUUUAAAUCACAACGGGUCUGUUUAUCGUGUUUUAAUUGUAUUCUCUCGUCAGGUUGGUUCAUAUUAAUGUGUCCAUCAGAUAAUACUUGGUGACAGCAGUUUAAAUUAGCCUGUGACAAUCAAAGACCAGUGGCUGUAAAGAUGUUGGCCUCACAGUUUUGAUUUCUAAAUGCUCUCAAGAGGCAAAUGCAAUAAUUCGGUCUUCAAAACUGAAACUGUAAACUUUGACUUUGAAGUUUAUUGGCUGACUACGUUUUAAUAUUUUGAAGAUGUGCAAAACUAGGUUAGAGGAAAUAAAAAUCAGUGCAACUGUGUCACUGGAUUCCUCUGCUUACAUCUGGCUCCUAGCACCGCUGUUAAGGAAUGUGUGUCUGGUCAGUUUUGGCACAAGUUUACAAGCCGAGGCGUUUUUGUCAAGGAACAGUUUAACAUUUACUUCCUUUCCUGUAAAAGUGGUCCUUGUGAUUAAAAGAAUUUAAUCUGAA